AUGCCGGACCUUGGUUUGAAUGGUGGAAUUUGCCAUAUACAAGUGCAAAAUUGUCAAAAUCUUGAACGCUGCACCGACCUUUCCGCUAUUUAUCACAAUGUCAUCGGCACUUUGCAACUGCAAAAAGCCGAUCAGCCCGAUCAGCAUCUUCGACUACCAGCAACUAUUGCGCACCGUCGACCUCGUGUCCAUCCACGU